AUAACAAUAAGCCUAGCAACGAGACGCGAUCUAAAGGGAUACUGUAUGUUUCACUGAAGGGUGUAAAUUUCAGUUGUGGAUAAUGACAUCCUUGGAGCUUUUUAGGGCUCAAGAACACGACCCUGUAGUCCCGAAAGAAUGGGGCUCGGGAAAGUUCAAAGAGGAUGUGAAUGUCUACAUCCCGGGACCACCAACAUGGCAAUAUUCUGGAGAACCUAUAAAGCAACAUUAUGGACUGACACAGUUAAAACUUAGCAAUGUUAGGACCAAUGACCAGUUGUUGCAAAAGCCACAGGAAAGUCAGAUGGGACGCAUAAUGAUAAACAGAGAUUUCCCAGCUGAACAUCCAUACAGUUCUCACAUGCCGAGGUUUUCUGCUUUUCCUAAAUUUGAUGCAUCAGAAGACCCUAAAAGGGGCGUAGCAGCCAGAUACGAACAACCAAUCAACGCAGAAAUGCCAGCCACUGCCUUUGAUGUACAGAUAAUAAGUAAAACGAAAGGUUCCGGUAUUCGACAUGAAAUUCAAGCAAAGCCAAAAGAAUCUGAAAAAUUGGGUUUAGAAUGGCAAGGAGAAAGAGGAUUUCAUCAGCUGGUGAAAGCCAACGGAGGACGACAACAGUACUAUCCAAUACCACCCAAAACAGUUGUUCCGAAUCUACAGGAUCGUGGACCGGAAAUGAGACUGUCUAACAACACUGCCAAUGCGCUAAGAAAUAUAGAACGUGACCAGUGGCAAACGACGUAUGAUUUACAACAUACGGGCAUUGGACCAUCCAAUCCAAUGGCACUUGACAAUUUGGAAAACAAGUUAAAUGUCUACGGCACUUACGGUGUAGACGACAGUAAUUUGUAUCCCAGAUCAAAGAAUACCUUUGACCCACCCAGGCCAUUCGAAGGGAGAAUCUCCAGAAAACUCAUACCCAAACCACCACCACAAAAACCAGGUUCAUCAUGCGGGGAAAAUACUUCCUACCAACGAAUGAUGACUCUCCGAGAAAGGGAAGAAGACAGAUUGUGGAACGGAAAAGAAUAUGUAAGCCUUCCAGAACCAACGAAGCCGAAACAAAAAGGUAUCCGAUGGAAAGAAUUAAAUGAUCUUGCACACCCAGAACCAAAUCUGGAGAGGGUUGGGGAGGCACAAGAAGAACAGCCUGCUGAAGACAUACCCUAUUACCCAACAGUUGGUAAACCAGUAGCAACAGAAGAAAAUUAUCUCACAACAACAAAAGAGAGACAGGAUGAAGAAUUCCAGGAAAUGGAGGCAAGAAAUCGGUUCCAAGUUUUAGAGGCUCAGAAACCAAAUCGAGAUCUACCAUCUCUUCAAUAUAAAAUGGGAAAAGCAAACGUAUCGGAAAAACCCAAAACUUUCUACAAUCACGAAGGGCAAUACAAUGAGGAACGAGCAGGUUUAUAUAGAACAAAUUAUUUACCGGAACGGCUAGCUCAUUCAAUGAACCCAAGAGAAAGCAGUGCUGAAAUUAUGGACACAUUUCAUUCAUACAGAGGCAUUGAAGACCUUGAACUUCCAACCCGUUUAAAUCAAGAUGCCAAUGAUGCCUUAAGAUACAGUCGAACAUUGACUUCAGCAAAUGCAAAUCUUUCCGGCGACCGUAGGGAUUCAAGAGAAGUCUUAAGACCAUUACAAGAUCUGAAACAAUCACAGAAGCAGAAACUUCAACCAACUGACAUUUCUAGUAGGUACAGGGUCCAGGAAGGAGAAAUUAUCAACAAAGAAUGUGAAAUGGGAGAGAACUACAAUACACAAAAGUUUCUACAGGAAUACGAGUUGCCACGCUUUGCCAGAAAUGAACCACUAAAUGUCAUUUCAACAUCAAAUCAAAAAUUAUCUAAUGUUCGAGGAAUUUCUGGUCUGAAAAAUGGAAGUGGAAAAAGUGUUUCUUUCUCCGACAGCGUAACUGUAGCUAGUGCAUCAGGAAACGGACCUCUUCGUGUUUUCGGUACAACUUCGAAUGGGUUGACUUCUGAUGAAAGGCAGCUGAUUGAAUCUAUGGGCGAGGCAAAUGCGACUCAAUACACUAGCACACAUGCUAUGUAUAACAAGGAGAAUAAUGCUUUCAAUGAACAGAAACAACCUAAAUUUACGAUCUUUUCUAUUCAACCACCUGUUCAAGAAACAGUUGUAGAAUCCAAGCAGGGUACUGUAAUAGCCCAGAGGAAACCAAAACGAGCUGCCACUUCACUUGCGGACACAGAAUAUCGCGACGAAUUCGGAAGUCUUUCUUCAAAUGUAGCUCCAACAAAUUUAAGACAUUCAUUUUCUCUGAAGUCAGCAUACGAAAGUCAAUUUCCAGUGUAUAAUCAUAUAGGUUACAAGGAUGACAUGCGUUUUACAUGGGAACCGGGAAGUGGAGUACCUAGACCCCAGUCAACACUUUUAGGUAUACAAGAUACAUUUUCUAAAUCUGCAGUGCGAAGUAAGUUUCAUUCUCGUUUCAGUGAGUCCAAUCCCGAUUUACGACAAAACAUAGUAAACGGAAAGAAACACAGCUUCUUUGGAAUGAAUGGUCAAGUUUUACAUGGAUGAAAAUUUGUACACUUCUAUUAAUGACAUUCAAAAGCAUUUAAGAGCACAACACAAUGCUUUCUAUGGAAAAAUGAGCAGUAAAAUGAACUAAUAUUGAAAUUCGUUCUGAAAUGACAUGCUUCCUCUGGCGGAAAAUUGUUUUGCAUGUUGUUGUUUUUGCCUAAUUAAUAUUUGCACAGUAAUUUAGUGCAUUGGCAAAAUCGCAUUCUAUAGAGUGUUACACAUUGCUUUAGGAAUUUUAUCACAUCUAGGAAGUAAAAUGUCAAUAUAAUACUUCCAUGAUCUUACAAUUUUUCAUUCGUUUGAGCACAUUACGAGAAAAAUCUUUAAUUUACAAUUACAAAAAAGAAAUAAUUUUAAUGAUUCCUCAUUUUUGAGGUUUAAGUCCAUUCAAUUUUUUUCUCAUGUUUUUCAUUGUUGAUAAUAUUAUGAUAAUGUUUUAUGGAUUCCAUCUGUGAUAGCUAUUUUUUUCGUCAAUUUUUACUGACUCAGUAUGAUGAUGAACUGUGUGUUGAAAUCAAAGUAUUAUAUUUUUGUCGCGUAAUUGUUAUUGUUGUUUUGUUUUUUUAUCUUUUAAAAUAUUUUAUAUGUACCUGCACAAUCAGUAUUAUAUCAUGACAGCCGACGUUAGCAUGCCAUUUUCUGUUUGUUUGUUAAAAUGUUCAACGAUAAGGUUCAGUGUUACUGUAUAUUUCUUAAAUCUUUAAGGAUAUAUGUAUACGAAAUGUAUGUGGAUACGAAUUAUUCAUCGAUAAGAUUAUUUAAUUGUUGGAAGUGAAUUUUGAUCAGGUGUUAUUUGAAGAAAGUGAUAGUCCACAUAUUUAACAUGAUUUGUUCAUGAAUGGAAGUAUUCAAUUUUCUAUUUAUAGGCGUGCCAAUUAUUGUGCUGUCAGUUCAAUAAAAAUCUGCUCAAUUGU